UGGGUUUGGUAAGUCCUGAACCAGACUUGAGCAACCACUAUCUUGGGCAAGCCAUGGCUGUUAGGGGCACCGUUCCACCUCCUGAUUACUACCCUUUUGACACUGCCUUAUCUGCCCAGCCACCUGAAGAUCUGCAGGGCUUUUAUAGAGGGAGCCAGCACCUUCUUAACAGAUCAGGCUCGCAUUAUGGGCUGGCUGCAGGAGGGGUCAGAUCCGCCUGGGAUCAAGGGCAAGUUAGAGCUCCAGCUCCUGCUCCUACACCUGCACCGGCUCCACCGCCCCCACCUCCUCCACCUCCUCCUCCUCCCCCUCCGCCUCUCCCUCCCACAGCUCAUGAGAUGAGCCGUUUGUAUAGGGAUUCACUAGCGGUCAAGAUGAUCCCAGACAGUCAGCGUAUUCGCAGUAGGGCUGCCUCUCCUUCCUGUUUCGGAAACGAGCCUGCUGUUGCAAGGUUUGCAGCUGACCAGGUCUCUCUAGCAGGCCAUUCUGUGUACAGCGACGUCAACGGCCUGUCCUUGGACCCCUGCCAGCCUCCUUCCACCUGCAUAGUGGUGGAUCCUACGGCUCCUGCUGUGGACGGAAGCAUACCCCGAGGUAUGUCUGCCUACGGUACCGUUCCCACUCCAAGAAUGCCCUACGAUCCUGCCUAUGACGCUAGUGCAGCUAUGGUGCCAGCCACACCAGCUCCAAUCACAGCUGGAAUCCCAGCCCAUCACCCUUCGGCUGCUGUUGCUGUCGAUCCGAAAAGGACCGUGGACCCGUCUUACCUGUCUCUACUUCGUACAGAGGGCCUUUCCGAGAGCACCAUAACCCUGUUACUGCAGCAAGGUUUUGACUCCACCGGGAUGCUGGCCAUGAUGGAGGACCACGAUAUCCGCUCUGUGGCUCCCAAUCUAGGUCAGGCCAGGGUGUUGUCCAGGCUGGUGCUUAACUGCAAGACCGGAGCCACUGCUGCUACAGCAAUGCGUGGUCGCUCCAACAGCUUUAGCCACCGCAAUGACCUCUACGCCCAAUCUCAAGGUAUAACCAUGGAUCCCCACCUCAUGCAGCAGCCCGCGAGUGCCCUGCAGGUUGUCUCUCCGAGGAUGGGCGAGUUUCUCGGUCGCCGACCAAGCAGCGCUCCAUCUCAACACCUCUUAGAAACCACUACUUAUCCAGGAGUACGCCCACUUGGUGGGCUUCCAGUCAGUCCUGGGGCAUACAACACUGCCCUACCUCAGACGCGUCCUUUAACCAUGUACAACGCCCACACUGGUCUGGCGAUGUCGGCCCUCCCCUCUCUGCAGCAACCAGGGGUUCCAGGCACCCCUGGUCCAGCACCGAAAACCUUCUCCGGCACUUACACACCCAUGGAGCUGAUGAAGAGAGCACCCAGUCUGCCUCAUCUACCUCCAGCCCAGAGCCCUCACCACAGCCCCCAGCUGUUGCGGAAAGGCGCCGCUCCAGUGGAAAGCGCAGUCAUGCCUGUGGCUACGACUCUCCAGCCUCAGACCAUAAACCCAAAUAAUAAGAUGACACGACGCACUGGUCCUCCGGUCAUUGUUUCCACCAUGGCUUCACCAGAUACAAGUAUCAGGCCUCAGAUCAUGAACGGACCCUCGUUGCACCCUCGCCCCCUGGUGGCGCUGUUGGACGGCCGUGACUGUACAGUGGAGAUGCCCAUUCUCAAGGACCUGGCAACCGUGGCAUUCUGCGACGCUCAGUCCACACAAGAGAUACACGAAAAGGUGCUGAAUGAGGCCGUCGGUGCAAUGAUGUACCACACCAUCACUCUGACACGCGAAGACCUGGAGAAGUUUAAAGCUCUGCGCAUCAUCAUCCGCAUCGGCAGCGGCUACGACAACAUCGACAUCAAAGCUGCAGGGGAGCUCGGUAUUGCGGUGUGUAAUAUCCCGUCGGCGGCGGUGGAGGAGACGGCCGACUCGACUCUGUGUCACAUCCUGAACCUGUACCGCCGGAACACGUGGCUGUACCAGGCUCUCCGGGAGGGCACGCGGGUCCAGAGCGUGGAGCAGAUCAGAGAGGUGGCAUCAGGAGCCGCGAGAAUCCGAGGGGAAACACUCGGACUCAUCGGCUUCGGGCGCUCUGGGCAGGCGGUGGCGGUCAGGGCGAAGGUGUUUGGCUUCAACGUGCUCUUCUACGACCCGUACCUGCAGGACGGUCUGGAACGCUCUCUAGGCGUGCAGAGAGUCUACACACUGCAGGACCUGCUCUACCAGAGCGACUGCGUGUCCCUGCACUGCAACCUAAACGAGCACAACCACCACCUGAUCAACGACUUCACCAUCAAACAGAUGCGUCAGGGAGCGUUCCUGGUGAACACGGCUCGAGGGGGUCUGGUGGAUGAGAAGGCUUUGGCUCAGGCUCUGAAGGAGGGGAGGAUACGUGGAGCUGCGCUCGACGUCCACGAGACGGAACCGUUCAGUUUUGCGCAGGGUCCGCUGAAGGACGCCCCUAAUUUGAUCUGUACGCCGCACACAGCCUGGUACAGUGAGCAGGCCUCUCUGGAAAUGAGAGAAGCAGCCGCUACAGAGAUCCGCAGAGCCAUCACUGGUCGGAUCCCAGACAGUCUAAGAAACUGUGUCAAUAAGGAGUUUUUUGUUACAACAGCGACUUGGGGAGUGAUGGACCAGCCAGGUGUUCACCCUGAACUUAACGGUGCCGCCUACAGCCAAGUGAGCCAGACCCUCCAGGCCAUCACUACUGGUGUCCCCCAAGAUAAAAUCAAUGCCUAAAUCACCAGCAGAGCCACGUGUUUAGCCGAUGCUAAAUGCCGGACGCUGCCGUGGAUGGACGCGUGCGUCGACGCCAGGACAGUUAAACCCACUUCCACAUCAACG